AUGGCCCGUUUGGCUGAGAUGUUUUCUCGCAGGCUUCAGGUUCAAGAACGACUGACCAAAGAGGUUGCCACGGCCGUAUUCAACGAGCUGAAGCCCAAGGGUGUCGGGGUCAUCGUGGAGUGCAUUCACUUAUGCAUGGCUAUGCGCGGUGUUCAGAAGGUGGGGAGCUCUACAACUACCAGCUGUAUGCUUGGCUGCAUGUUGACGAACUCCGAGGUCAAACGUGAAUUCGUGUCACUUCUUCAUCUGAAGUGA